AUGGUGGAGAAGCGGCUUCGCAUGAUGGAGCCAGACUUCGAUGCUUUUCGAAAGUUGCUGUUGUUGGAACCCCGCGGGUAUCCAUGCCAGAAUGCCAAUUUCGUGAUCCCGCCAACGGGAUGUCACCCGACAGCCGCCUAUGGAGUCAUAAUUGCGGAGCAGGGACAUGUCUAUCCGGCUAUGAGCGGUCACAAUCUGAUGUGCGUCGCAACGGCUUUGCUAGAAACCGGCAUGGUGCGAAUGUUUGAACCGAGUACAGACUUCGACUUGGAGACGCCGGCCGGCCUGGUUUCUGUGAAGGCUGAGUGCAAACACGGGAAAGUCGUGCAGGUGACGCUCCGGAAUGUCGCAUCCUUUUGUAGACCAGCGGACAUGGACCUUGAGAUUGAUGUUCCAGAGGUUGGAAAAGUGACCUUGGAUGUUGCAUAUGGGGGCAUGUUCUAUGCCAUAGUGGAUGCCUCGACGCUGGGCUUGCAGUUGCUCUCGAAGCAUGGACGGGAAAUUUGCCGACUGGGCGAGAUGAUAAAGACGGCAUGCAGAGAGCAGCAUCCCGUCAACCAUCCUGAGUUUGAUUAUCCCGGCUGCGACAUCCUUGUCUUCACGGAAAACCAACGCAGAGAGGCCACCCAGACAUGCCCGGAUCCAAGUUGGCAGGAACGUCCACACACCACUCGCCUUUGCGGCAAGAAUGCCGUUGUGAUGUCCAAUGGCAGUCUGAGAUGGGACCGGCCGGAGACGUGGACAGGGAUGCUCGACAGAUCGCCCUGCGGCACCGGCACGUCUGCGGUCAUGGCCCAGCUUCACGCCCGUGGAACACUUGGUCUCGAGGAGGACUUUGUGCAUGAGAGCAUCGUCGGAACUCACUUCACCGGACGGCUUCUGGAAGAAGUCUUGAUCACAUCUGCAAGUGAAUCGAUCAAGGCAGUCGUUCCCACCAUAUCAGGUAGGGCGUGGAUUACACAAUAUUGCGAUGUUGUUUGCGACCCCUCAGAUCCAUUUCCGGAAGGCUAUCUUGUUGGUGACAUAUGGUCAGGAACUGACGAGUGA